AUGGUCCAUAACAUGAAAUUGGCUGAGGGUUGUUCUUCAUGUCUGCCUGCCGACGUCUCCAGAGAUAUCAACAAUGGAAAUAUCAAGGCAUCGAACGAUCUGCGACAAAGAUCUCUGAUCAUAGAUAGCAGUAGAUACGAUGAUGCUGGAUACUUUACCUUUGGACGUUCUGCAUCCAAUCUGCCGUUUGUUCCUUUCCUCUACCACGAUCUUCGGAUCCGGAUUUCCGGGUGCAAACAAUUGAUCCAAGAUGUUACGGAACUUACAGAAGACCCCCUUCGACGGCAGUGCUUCCGGUAUACCAGACGGCUGAAAAUCGAUGGCUGCAUGCCCAGACGAGUCGACAGCGACAGAGAAGAAGUUUUUGCGGAGUUUGGCGAGCGCAACGAUGAUGAUGAUGACGAUUGGGGAGAUGGCGGUUUCGAUGACUAUGACGACCUGGAACCUGAGUAUCAUCCAGGCCCGAUUUGUGAUUAUAGAGAAGAUGAGCCCGAUGAAUCGGCUCGCGCAUGGGCACCACUGGCCACCAUGGUUUCAAAGCUUCAUCAUCUGACUGACUUGAUCUACGCAUGCGAGAACCAGUUCCCCGCCUGCUUGCUUCGGGUUCUGCAUAUCCAUCAUGCCACCUGUCGUCUCGACCUGCGGACCUUUCGGUUUCGAAGUCUGCGAGACAUGUCGACCGAUUCGCAUGAGCUCAGCCUGGCCACUUCUCCUUGUCUACAUGCCCUGAGCGUCCGAUAUUGCUCGCGUGAUCUCCUCGAUCAGGAUGAUUUCAACAAAGAGGCUGUUUUGCGGACUGUGGCGGGACUCGCGCCCAAUUUGAGAAAAGUGGGCAUGCUCUGCUGCAUGGAGGGAGGUGUUACUGCGCAACACUAUAUUCAACCGACCUGGAAAGGUUUUGUGCCGGAUGAUGGGACCACGAAACUUGGAGCGCUCACAUCGCUUUUCUCGAGUGAGGUGUUCACCAAACAGGAACUGGAGACAUGGAGUCGGCAUACCGAUUUCAGCAAACUGCGAUCGUUGUCCAUAAUGCCGACCAUCGAGGCACUCGCGGACGCGGCAGUCAACCAGAGAUUUCCAUCCUUGGAAAGGCUGGUUCUGAAAAUGCCCAGGGGCGAAAACGAACGGAGUUUACGAUCCGCGUGUGAAAUGUUCCUGGACAGUUUGAAUCCGUUAUCGACUUUACGGAUCCACGCAUCUAUUAUUGAUGCGUCACUGCGAGAUCGAAUCUUUCAGCAACAUGGAGCGACAUUGCGCGACCUGGCUUUCCCACCUCGUACCCUGAAAGACAUCCUGCGAAUGAGAGACAGCUGUCCGUUCCUAGAAAUCCUGAGAAUUCAGGUCAAGCGAUCAAUGUCGGAUCGCCGCGAAACACGCUUCUACGAAGUUCUCGGCACUCUGCCAUGUCUGAGAAAGCUUUCCUUGGACCUCGAUUGCUCAUUAGCGGAGACGGAGCUGUUUUCAGAUGACAUCGUGGAGACCUUUGAUGACUUUGAUCGAGAAUUGUUUGGACCAACUGCUUGGUGGCGCAACGGACAUAUACGCAACGGCCUGAUCAACGCCGCCGUGGACGAGGCUCUGGUCCGCUCGAUCUGGGACAUCAUCGCCACCAACAAGCCGGGGUGUUCGUUGAAAUACCUGAAAGUCAUUAGUGGGAUGGGAGAUAAUCCUAUCUACCCAGGCGGCGUUGGCGUGAUGGAUCGGCUCCGUCAACUGAGACGCUCAUACGUAUUGACAAGCGAAAGUGACAACGGAAAGGUCACCCAGCUUCGUGAAUUAGGGAAGAUGAAGCGAGACGAGGCGUUUAAUGCUACGCAACGACGCGUGGCUUACUGGCUAAAGGUGGGAGGAAACAUGGCUGAAUCAGUUAGCCGUCGCGAGCCGGUCGAUCGAGUUUUCAAAAGACUAUGGCCGCCGAAGACGGACAGUCGAGAUUGGCGCGACGACUGGAGCAGUCGACCACUUCAGAGAGAGUAG